AUGUUAUCACAUGAUACACUUCAUUCAAAACAAGUUAUUAACAUACAAGAUUUAAUAAAACAUUAUGAUUCAUUAUUAGCAAGUGGACAUGAACCUGAAACACAUGUUAUUGUUAAUAGUAUUCAAAUUGAAGAUGAUAAAUGGAAACGUCUUUCACGACAAAUUGUCGAUUUACUUCUUGCUCAUUUACAAUCUCAGGAUCAAUCACUUUUGGAUAUUUAUUCCACACAAUUAACACUAUUUGAUGUUGUGUCAUCAGUUGAAUUACGAUCAAUUGAUCCAUUUGUUAUUGCUUUUCGAGCAUUAAAUGAUGUUUUAUUAUCAGUUAAUGGAACACGAGAUGAAACUUUUAGUGCAGCUCUUCUUCGAAUUUUACAUGACGUAAUAUUACGAAUUUUAACUAAUACUCGACAAUUAUGUGGUCAAAUCAAUAUGACAUUAGUUUCUCUUGUAUCCGAUUAUCUUUAUACACGUUUAACAUUAGAUACAAGUUCAAAUAAUUCAUUUACAGAUAUUGAAUGGUUAGGUACGCGUGAUUUAUUAUCCUAUGGACAACUUUCAUAUGAUACUAUAUUAACAUCAAUCCAAAGUAAUAAUACAUUACCAUUAUCAGUUAAUAUAAGUCUCACAUAUGUUUUAAUAAUCGACAAAUAG